AUGCUCCACCUCGACUCGUUUACCUGGCAUGCCCAAUUGUUAGUUCCCCACUGGCACCUACGUUUUUGUGCAGGUGGUGUCACUCUCAGAGGCCAAUACCAAGUUUCCACGAAGCACAUCGUGAACGCAAGUCGCAGCUGCGUUAUCCACGCGGAGCAUGGCACGAUGCUGAUGCUGAGCGGCCCGCUGCACUUUCUGGGAGAUGUUCGCCUUACAGGGAGCCUGCAGGUGGUAGCCCAGGAGGACAUGGCCUCCGACAGCUGUUUCGUCGUGAAGGGCAGCCUGAUGCUUGAGAUGGAUCUCCUCCGGAUGAGUGGUUGCCGCUCCUCCGGCGAUGGUGGCGCUUUACGAACUCUGGGAGAUCUGACCGUGAUAGGAGGAAAGCUGGAGUUCCAUGACUGCCAUGCUUUCCAAGGUGGAGCCAUCUUUGUCGAAGGAAAGACACAAAUCAGGGGAGGAGAAGCGGCGUUUACAAAAUGCACAGCAUCCAAGAGUGUCCGAGGCUCCGCCACCAAAAAGGCCACACAUAAGUUCGUGUGCGCGCCCGGGGGCUCUCACCAGAAGCAGUCUUGUGGGGGAGGGCUUACCGUCGACGGAUCUUUGCUAUUGCAAAAAGCUCGGAUGACGUUUGAGCACUGCAGCGCGGAAGAAUUCGGGGGAGCUCUCUGCGUAAUCGGAGGAUUCGACCAACAGGGCGGGUCCAUGAACCUGAACACCUGCACGAGUGGACGUGAUGCAGGGGGGGUGUACGUUAAUGGGAGAUUCUACGAGGAACGUGGUGCCAUGUACUUCAAGAAUUGCACGAGCAGUGGGCAAGGAGGCGGAAUGUUACUGCGCUGCACUCUUGCUGGCUCCAACUCAUGCAGAAUCAACCAAUCACGGUUGGCUUUCCAUUCCUGCUCCUCUGCCUUCGGGGGUGGCCUGUCGUUGUCCGGUGCUCUCGACCUGAUGCAUUCCAACGCCAGCUUUGAGAACUGCCGUGCGGAAAGUGAAGGUGGAGGACUUAGGGUCAAGAGUGGGUCUGCAUUGGCAGCUCAAGUUGCGAGUCUCGAAUUCAAGCAGUGUUCUGCCGGCAGAUUUGGCGGUGGAAUUCGCGUUGAGGGAAAGAUGAGCCUUGACAAGUCUAACGUGACUUUUGUCGAGUGCACCGCUGGUCGAGUAGGAGGUGGCUUCGCGGCCCGUGACGGACGGCUCACCCACAGCCGUGGCACGAUGUCGUUUGACUUCUGUAAGGCUUCUGCAGGCUCGGCCUUCAGCUCUACUUGGGGUGCUGAACUGGCUGAAGUCAAUAUACACAUGUGCACCGGCUUGGGUGCAGAAGUCACAAGUUCCAAUGGCAAUGUCUCCAUUCAACGUUUGACCUUCGUCUAUACUGGUCCUUCUGCUGGAUAUGAGCCGGCUCUCCUGGCACCGAACGUUUCCAUAUCAGAAGUGAACUGCACAGCAACCCACGAAUGCACUGUGUACGCUACUACCCUGCACAUCCCUUCCCUGCUUUGCCCACCUGGGCGCGAAAUCGAAGACCAUAAUGUCGGUCCUGAUGAGCGACGAUAUGGCUGCAGACUGUGUGAGCCCGGGUAUUUUCAGCCGCUUCCAUGGCGCAAUCCGCACUGCCUCCCAUGCCCCAGCGAAGCGCAGGCCUGUGACGCCGUGUCUGUGACAAUGCAGGCUGGCUACAUGCUCGAUGUCCCGAACCUCUCGUCGAUCAUUGACCUCAGCGAACUGGAGUCGGUUAAGCGGACCUAUUUCUGUCCGAAUGCUGCUUCCUGCCCAGGAGGACGGCUGGCAUACCAGAAUCAGACAGCUAUGUGUUCGCCAGGGGCGACCGGGCAAGGAUGUGAGUUCUCCACGCCCGGCUAUGCACCCGGGGAUUAUGACAACCCUUGUAGUAAGUUCAAAUGUCCCACUGCGCCGUCGGUUUGGGUUAUGGCUGCCAGCUACCUAUUCGGCAAGGAUCUGUUUGUGUUCAUGCUCGCGUCCUCUUCAGUGCUUGGUGCAAAAGCUGGGAGGAAGGAGAGUGCCGUCCUCGUGAACCAGUUGAUGGCCUUUGGCAUCAUUGCUUCCCGCUGCCUGGCGGCCCUCAUGCAGGCCGAAGUGUUUGCAGGGCAGGCUGUGUUUUUCCGAGACGUAUUGCAUGCUUGGGGCAUGGUGGUUGAUGCAGGAACAGGACAAGCCGAUUCAGCUACAACUGUAUGGUGCUUCGUUAAGGCCAUGUACGACGAUUCCGGUCUCACGGGUUUCUUUGUGUUUUUCGCUUUAGCCAACGUUCCAGCCCUUCUGCUGGUGUGCGUCUUUGGUUGUGCGAAAGGAUUUUGGCUCAGCAUCAUUGUGGGGAGUAACUGCUUCCUGCCAGCAUUCUGCGGACGCCUGAGUGCUCUCCUCAUAUCGUUUAGGCCAACCCAGGCCGCUGAUGUCCCGCGUUUUUAUUAUAAUGCCAUUGACAACAGUCGGCAAUGUGUGAUGGUGCUUGCAACUGUCAUGGUGCUGACCAUCUGCUUCAGUGCUACAAUCUGGUUGUUUUUACGGGCGACGCAUUCCGACCAGGACCCCCGCUCGCUGCAAGUGUUAUACUUGGCGGCUCCUUACAAGCCAACGUAUGCCUCCUGGGAGGUGGAACGGCUACUGCGAAAGAUGACAUUCAGUGUGAUCUGCACGGCAUUUCCGGUGACAAUGCACCCCAUGAUCCAAAUAGCUUUACUGGCCUGCAUUUCGAUUGUGUCAGCUGCGCUGUACUUGAAGCUGCAACCCUAUAGCCUGGCAAAAUUCAACGAAAUGGAGACUGGCUUGCUGUUGGCAGCCAACGUGAUGGCUGUUCUGACUCUGCUCAGUUGCCAUCGAUCACCGGGUUGGGGUACAGACUUACCUGACGUCAAGUUCGCGGCAGGUGUGGCCGCCGUUUCAAUCGGCACAGGCUGCACGGUUUGGAUGGCGAUCCUGAUAGGCACUGCAUUCAUAUCGGAGCGUGAGAAAGACUAA